CAGCUGGUGCCGGUGGCCAUGGCACAGAUGGGUGGGGAAGCAGGACAGACAUCACUGACAAGGACCAGCCCUGUGACAUGAGAUGGCGUGAUGAAUGCAGAAACCAGCUGGGAUUUGUGCAAGGGACCCGUGGAGGAACUGGGCCAGCAGUGAAACUCUUCCUUCCCUUUGGCCAGUGGAGUUACUGCCCGGUGUCUGCUGAGCCAAACUGCGCCGAGCCAAGCUGAGCCAAGGCCUUGGAGAGCAGGACAUGGGAAUCCCCAUGGCUUCACCAUGGGCCCUUCAACUCACCAGCCUGCUGCUGCUCCUGCUCUGGAGAUCCCUGGGUGUGGGUGCCCAGGUGAGUGAAGGCUUCCAGCUGCAUCAGCCCCAGGACAAGGUGUCAGUGACAGCGGGGGAAACGCUCACCCUGAUCUGCACCACAUCUGGAUAUGGUCCCGCUGGCCCCCUGAAGUGGCUGAAGGGCUGGGGCAUGGGGAAUGAGACUGUUUAUGACCAGAACGGCGUGUUCCCCCGUGUGAUCAGGGCAGAGCCUGGAUUCUACACAGAUUUCAGCAUCUACCUCCGGGAUGUUGGCCCCGAGGAUGCUGGCACCUAUUACUGUGUCAAGUUCCGCAAACGGUUUGGUGUGGAUGAGAUGUUCCAGCACGGGAAGGGCACGGAGGUGUCUGUCCGUGCCAAACCCACCCCCCCGGUGGUGUCCGGGCCCCAGCACAGAGUGGGGCCGGGGCAGUCGGUGUCCGUCACCUGCGUGUCUGGAGGGUUCUACCCCGAAAACAUCGCCAUGAGGUGGUUGAAGGACGCGGCCUCCAUCUCCGCUCAGCAGCUCCGGGUCACCCCCGGGAGGACAAAAUCCUCCUACGACAUGUCCAGCUCGGUGACGGUGACGCUGCAGGAGGAGGACGUCCGCUCGCAGCUCGUCUGCGAGGUGCAGCACCCCACGCUGAGGGCCCCGCUGAGGGAGACCUUCCAGCUCAGCAAGGUCCUGCGAGUGCCCCCCAGAGUGCGUGUGGUGGCCGAGCCCCCCGGCCCCGUGGAGCCGAACGGGACGGUGACCUUCUCCUGCCAGCUGGAGGGGUUUUACCCGGGAGAGGUGUCCGUCACCUGGCUGGAGAACGGGAUGGAGAUGAAGGUGGAGAACGUCUCGCGGGCGGUGGAGACGCGGCGGGGGUUGUUUGAGCUGAGGAGCCAGGUGGAGCUGCAAGCCACGGUGGAGAGGAACGGGUCGGUGUUCACCUGCAGAGUGGUGCACGAUGGGCAGGAGCCCCUCAGCGAGCUGGCUGCACUGCGGGUCACUGUCCCAGCCCAGGAGGGCACCGGCGGACAGAGCCAAGGUGGCAGCCUCCUGUCCAGCCCUGCCCUGUGGCUUGGUGUCCUGCUGGAGAAGGGGCUCCUUGGGGGGCUCCUCCUCUGCCUCUUCAAGCGCAUGAUGGCGUGAGGAGGGAACCACGGGGACGCUGCCCCCGGACCUCUCCGGGUCUCCCCGCAGUUUGUUGGGCCGCGGGUGACAGAGUUGUCGGGUGUACCUGGAAAUAAACGGGCAGGGAUGCUGAGAG